AAUAAAUAUAUAUGCUCAAUCUCAUUUGAAAAUUUUAAUAUUUUACAUACUUUCAUCUAGACUAAAUAUACAUACGAUCUUCUAAUUAAUUUUCAUGAAACUUGUCAAAAUUUUGAAUUGUGAUUCGUCGAAAUAUAAUUUUGAAAAUAUGUGAUUAACAUGUGGUUUGAAAAUAAUUCAAUGUUUAGAAUUUAUAAGCAAAACCUAUAUUACAGUGAAUUAAAAGAUAUAUUGCAAUAUAAUUACAUUUGAAUCAAAAAUUUAAAUUUAAAUUUAGCUUAAAUAGGUAAUAUAAUGCAGAGAUCUGUCAGAUUGAAACGUGAAUUUGAAAGACUUAAUCAAAAUCCUGUCGAAGGCAUUUCUUGUUAUCCAAAAUCUGAUAACUUUGAAAACCUUGUCGCAACGAUUAUUGGACCAAAUGGAAGCCCAUAUAGUGGGUAUCUUUUUCAGUUGUCGAUAGAUAUAUCAGAGCAAUAUCCAUUUGAACCUCCAAGGAUUACAUUUCAAACACCUAUUUAUCAUCCAAAUAUCGAUGAUAAAGGCAGAAUUUGUAUGGAUCUCUUAAAUAUGCCACCUAAAGGUAGUUGGAAACCAACUAUUGGAAUAAAGAAUCUUUUGGAUGCUGUACAAUGCUUAUUAGGAAAUCCAAAUCCUGAUGAUCCUUUAAUGGCAGAUAUAGCACAAGAAUAUAAAUUUAAUAGGCAGCAGUUCGAAAGAAAGGCAAAGCAGUUUAUGGAACAAGGAAAAAACAAACUUUCAUAAUCAAUCGCACGUAUAUAUUUAUUUGUAUUUUUCAAAUAGUUUCAUAGUUCAAAUAAAUAAUUAAUGGAACGUGUUUCAAAUGUAUAUCUGCUUCUUUCAUUUGCUUUUUAUAUAUUUAAUAUGUAACUUCCAUAUUGAAUGAUAUUGUUUAUAUUAAAUUAUAUUUAAAACUUUCACAUUUGUUUUUCUUAAACCCUCUGAAAAAGCAUAUGUAUAAUAGAUCAUAAUUUUUAAAUAGUGAAUAAAUGUAGCUUGCAAAUCAUAA